AUGAUGAUAAAUUUGAUCUAUUUUUAAUGUACUCUGCAUCACUUGAUUCCUCAGAAUAUUGUGUAUUUCUUAUAAGUUUCGAUUGAAGGAUUAUUUGAGUGUAUAACAAUAGUUCUUGUCAAAAACAUGAAAGUGAACUUUCGUUUUGCUUUGUUGAGAAAAAUCAAGUGAAAAUCUGAAAAAACUUUGAUUCAACUUCCACGAAAAAAUUCUCAGAAUGAGUAGGCAGGCCCACGUAAAUGCAGCCUUCAUCGACGAUGAAGGCUUCAACCAGCAGAGCCUCAAAAAGAAACAAGAUGAAAUUUCCAAUAAAACGAAGAAUCCCGCGCCUCUCACUGAUCUCAACGAGGAACUUAUGGAUUUCGACGACAUCGUGCCAUACUUGGACAAGUUUGGCCGCUACCAAAAGCUUCUUUUCCUCGCAAUGGCUCCGUUUUGCUUUAAUUUAGUCCUGAUUUAUUUCCCGCACAUUUUUGUGACCCUGGAACCUGAACAUUGGUGCAGAGUUCCAGAACUCCUGCAUCUUCCUCUCGAUGUCAGACGCAACUUGAGUGCGCCCAUUUCUGCCGAGACUGGAAGAUACGACAGCUGUCGG